AUGUCGAUGGAAACCUCCAAGCAGCUAUCGAGUAUAGAUCGAGAUCUACCUGGUCUGGGGGAGGAGAACUUUGAUGAUCCGUUCUUGAACCAGCUCUCUGACGCUGAAUUAUCCGGACUCCAUCAGACAACUCCUGACUAUUUCUCUGAUUCCACGAACCAUCCUGGCUCUUACCAACACCAUCAGCAUCCAGGUGUCUCUACAAACCCCAGUGACCUAACGUCGCCGGCUUCUCAGUUAGAUUUCUUGAGCCCUACCGAACACACUGAUCACGGGCUGAGUGACUUCACACGCUUGACCUCACCAGACUUUGAUGCUCCCUUCUUUGCCUCUGCAGACCCACACUUAAAGGCCGAAGUGGUGGAUGAUAGCAACGUGCUCUGGGUCAACCCUCAUGAUAUCGACAAAAGUUCGCCUGGCGGAAAUAACUAUACACCACAGAAGAGAUAUGUUGGGGUUGGAACUGGAGCUUCUCAGCUACUGAGCCCUGUACCAACGAAUACGCCAAGUCCUAUAAUUAACCCACAGGUUGACCAGCGUGGGCAAUACCCAGGCAACGAACACACUGCCGUAUCCCCUCAGUCUAUGACUGGUGACAAGCCGUCGCGAAUGACUGCCAUGUCUUCUCACCAACCCCCUACGCUCAUCACUCCCAAUAAUGUCAGCAAGUUGCACCAGGCGAAUAAUAUGUCUGGUGUGGACCACCAGGCUAGUCCUAUUGUGAAGGUAUCGAGCUUCACACGAGGCGAUUCCCCAUCAAGAGCGGGCGACCAACUAAACUAUUCACCAAAUCAACCAUCUUUAAUGGAUACCGGGCGCCUGUCUCCUGCUAGGGAGGCACGAGAAACCUUCUUCGACAGUGAUGAUGAGGACGAAGAUGAGAACGAUCACAAUAAUAAUCACAAGAAACCUUUUUCCAUACCACCUCCCGCAAGACGUCUCGAGGAUGGCAGUUGGUCCCGAAACCCAAAUACCGGACAUGGUGGAUUGGACCCCUCUGCAAGAGAAGAUGUCUACGUUCCAAGCUUAAAGGAACUAGCCGCGCAACGGGAAAGAGAUGAGAGGAACGCUGAGGUCGCAGAAUGGAUAACGCGUAGCGAAGCACCUAGCGAGGCUGAUGACAACAAGCUUUGGAAUUUCCGGUCCCGGCGCAAAAACAAGUCCGAUAAAAAUAAACGGCGGGCUAAGAGUGCCGGAGACCCUUUCUUAGGCAAACAAGACGGUUUCAGCUCCAGGUUUGCCUAUCAAGACUUUGACGACUCCGCCAUCCCCGGUCCUGGAGUACUUAUAGACGAGGAUAGUGGCAUGGAAGAUGACGAAGAUGACUCUUCCGCUGCAUCAUCCAGUGUUCCCGAAUCACCUCCCGCCAGCGUCCACCCCGAGUUUGUAGAUGACGAUGAGUAUAAUGCUCCCACGACUAUCCCAGAUGCGGAACUUGAGCCACUACCAAAUCAAUUCCUCCGCGCUCGACCAUGGCAGGAUUCAAUAAGGAAUACCCGUGAUGGUACUACAAAGUUCCAACCUACAACGUCCAACGCUGCUAUAAUGCGCUUCUUGAAGCGUGCUGACAGUACCGACACUGCUUCUCGUGCUGCUACUUGGGGAACGCGCGGUCCUAGUGAAUGUGACGUUGAGAGUAUCAUUGGCCCGAAUGGUCGGUUUAGCACGAUCCGAAUCAGCGAAAAGAAAAAGGAUAAGCCUAUGAGGAGAAACAGUCUCCUUGAACACGCUAGAGGAUUGUUGCCUAAAAGGAGCAAUAGCAGCUCGAAACGAAAACAUCAGCUGGAUUCAAGUCAGCGAAGCCUAACUCCGGAGCAACCGCCCACAUCCUCUUCUGACGGGGCUACACCGAGUACCACCUCUCUUGUUCCUCAGCGCAAGCCUAGCUUUAACAAAGGCAAUAAGCAUCACACGGGAGGCGCGAUACUUGCAAUGACUGGACAAAUGGCUACUGUUGGGCGUGGAGGAGGGGUCGGCGUUCCGCCACCUGCUAUGACAAGCUCAAGUACUCCUUGGAGCCAUAUAAGGCGACGAAGCAGAAGCAAAAGUGAUCUUACUAAGGGUGAGGCCCCUGGAGGUUUGCUUGAUCUUAUAGGAACCCAUGGAGGACCACCUAUCCCUACUCUUGCCUCCCCAAAACAAGAGAAGGGAGCUGGUGCAAGCCCACUUCAAUCGAAAUCCCCUCACGACAGGCCGGAAGAAAAUGACCUCGAAGCAGAUGACGAUGACGAGGAUAUGGGCAAUGAAAACGGAGUCACCAUGGAGUUCCCAGUUCGAUCUGACCCGAUUGUGCCAACGCUCGAAGGGUUCAAAACUCACAUUCGACAGCUUAACCCUCGACUGCAGCCUGCAUUAAUUGAGAGAAUCGGACAGGAACAAGUCCGACGAUAUAAGAGAUUGGUUGAGCUUAGGUUAAAGCACACACAAAACGUCAGCAAGAAGAGUUGCAGUGCAGGAAAACACUGCUUUGCUCAAGGCGGCGAUGCCGUCAUGCUACCGCCUAGAACGAGCCCUAAAGACCCCGAAGCUACAUACGCUCAGUUCCAAGUCCCCGGGGCCGCGGUUACUCCUGAAGACGUGGCAUCCUUCGGUGAAGGCGCGAUUACGCCCGCGUUAUUCCCGCCAGGGGUCCCUUUGCCACCUGUCAGGCGCCUCCCUGCCGAGUUUGAAUGCUCUUUAUGCUUCAAAGUAAGGAAAUUUUUGAAGCCUUCCGAUUGGACAAAACAUGUUCACGAGGACGUCCAACCUUUCACUUGCACUUUUCCCGACUGCACGGAACCAAAGUCAUUCAAGCGAAAAGCUGAUUGGGUGCGGCACGAAAGCGAACGGCAUCGGCACCUAGAGUGGUGGACAUGCAACAUGCCAGACUGCUCUCAUACUUGCUUCCGCAAAGACAAUUUCGUCCAACAUCUUGUUCGGGAGCAUAAGAUGCCUGAGCCGAAGGUGAAAGCAACGAAAGUUAAGGGUAAAAACCAACAGCAAGACGGUACCAUUGAUACUCAAGAUGCCGCUUCUCAUGCGCAGGCUGUAGAGCAAGUUUGGAAAUUGGUCGAGGUUUGUCGUCAAGUUACAACCAAGCAGCCGAUGGACGAGGCAUGUCGAUUCUGCGGAAAUGUGUGCAACAGCUGGAAGAAACUAACAGUCCAUAUGGCUAAGCAUAUGGAGCAAAUUGCAAUGCCCGUACUGGAACUGGUGAACGACAAGACAUCCAGCGGAGGGGCCAUUGGCCCUUUGGGCCAGGCAAAGGGCCCGGGAGCAGCUACGCCACAAUAUCCGGCCAAUAUGUGGACUCCAACCCAUCACACGAAUCAUAGUGUAGAAAGCACCCAGACGGCUCGUGCACCAAAACCCAUUACCUAUGGUACCAGUGCCCUCUUGACUGAGGCAUUUGGGCUUCCUCGUGAGCCAGCACCUAAGGAAGUACCCCAGCAACAAACUCCUGAAUAUGCGGUUUUGUCGCGGGCCAACCUAAAACAACAGCAGUAUACAGUCGGGCGGUCAUACACUAUGUCUCCAUACCUGCAAGCCCAGCAACAGCAAUACCAUCAACCCCAGGGCCACCCCCAUAAACAAUACUCCAACCAUCUCAAUUCUGCCUCAUACCCUCCGGCCUUCUCUACUGUCACUCAAGAUCAACAAUCCAUUAACGGGCUUCCCAUGCUUCAACCCCUUGCUGAACAAGGAGAACCUGGACUAUCGGGCAACGAUAUGUACGGCAAUAUGGGUGGCAUAUCUUCCACCGCACCAAUUAUCGACACUAAGUUUGAGGGAGAGCAAUUAUUCGCUUCCCCGGUUGAUAAUGGAUCCUACAUGUAUUCUUCAACGGGCCAGGAGACGAUGGAAUACAGCAUGGGUGAUAACGGAAUGUCUUACCACCCCAUGAUGACUGCCGUGAAUGGUGGAUACAUACAAAACCCGCAAUAUAAUCAGGGAAAUCAGUGA